UGUUGAUUGUGACAAGCAAUCUUUCACUUGAACAGUGUUGAAACAAAGCAAACAGGUAGUGAAAUUAAUGGUGGGAGCAAUAGAGGAGAACACCGGAUGUAACUAAGGGAUAUCAAGUGGAAGGUAAUCCUACCAUGUACACACAAAAACAAGACCAGCCUCAAUCUGACGAAGCCACGUUAUUCGGCAUGGCAACCCCGCCUACUUCCCUCCGCGUCGGAGUCAACUUUCCUUCUUCCGAGCAGAGUCAUCUUACGAUAGGUGACUAUGCUACAGUCGAUCCUAGCGACAUUAUCGUGAAGGAGUGGUACCUUGUACGAACCGAUAUUGUCGAUAUCUUAAAACAACUACCGUGGGCAGUUCUGUCAGUGGUGCGCGGUCACCAUUACUCUCUUGAACCUCAGUUUAGUGCAACCACGAUUUUAGGAAAAAACGCCGUUGUCCUUGUCGGAGCGCCUGUGGAAUCGCACGCUUCUUGGCAACCCAUGGCGGAACACAUCUACUCCCUCUGCGCACACGCUGGCCUCGGGCAUGUUCGUAUUAUGUUCGAGCCUGUGCCAUACCCUUUGACGGCCUUGAACCAGGACCUCUUCGAACCUCCAGCUAGCCAGCUUCCAGAGGAGGGGCAAGUCCAGCAAACUGUUCCUAUGGGUUCAAGUUUUGGGCCGGUUGGAGAGAGAGAGAGCACUGCAUCCGUGGGCGGUACGAUCAAGCUCCAGGACAAGGGCAAGGAGCCGGAGCCGUUUCUCCUAAGCGUGUUUCACCCCUUCGAUAGUCUUGUCUCUGAACAGGAGAGACUUCAUGGAUAUCGGCGAAACACUGCUCAGCCUAUCCAGGUGAGGAUACCGUCUCCGCAGGAUACAGAUAUCGCAAACGUUUGGAAUACUAACCGGAUCAACACACUGGAGGGGAGGCUCAAGGUAAUGGACGGUAAGUUCAAAUUGUUAGGAGACGAAAAGUUCCAAACCCAAGCGGUACAGCUCGAAGAACUCAUCAAAGGACAUCAAGAGGACCUUCGAAAGCUCCAUGAUGCCACAAAUCGACUACCAGGCAUCUUGUACUACGGAUCGGGUUUCGGACGAGCCACCGACUGGUCGUUGUCCUUGUUCGAAGAUCGCAUCCUACAAAACAAGCCGCCUUCAAUGAAGAAAAUCACGGAUUCUAUCAGGAACCAUCACGUAGACUCAAUCGACUUCAAACGUUUGGGUGAAGAGUUCAUGGACGCUGCAACAGUUAGUGCUUUCGCCAGGCCAGAAAUCGAUGGACUGGCAGUUAUGGAAGGGCGCACCUCGGGUCUGACAUUAGGCAAAGUCAACGCCCUCGAAUCGGAUAUCAUCAUUAUGAAAUCUUUAAAGGUAAAGAAAGGACUCAGUUUCGAAGUACGCGCUAUUCUAAGCGGAAAAGGCAAACCGGCCGUCCAGCCGGGCGACUCUGGUGCUUGGUUCGUCAAUAUGAAGGGCGAGUGGAUUGGAAGUGUCGUUGGAACGCAUUCCGGGCUGCGAUCCUCAAUCGGGUUGGUUCUGGAAGCGGAGAAGAUUGUGGAGGAUAUUGAAGCUUUCACUGGCUCAAAAGUUGUUUCUCCAGUGCGAUCAGAAGUACCAGGCGCGGUUUAAGCAUUUAAACCGGUUGAGUUCUUAGAUAGGUACCAUUCACUCAGUUGUUAAUGUGCAACCUCUGCACUCGGGUAGGGUUGAUCUCGCCCAAGUAUUCACAUCUUUGUUAUUAUCGUUGCACCGUUUCGCUCUUGUGUGAAUGCGCUGCACUCGACU